CCAAAAAUUUUUAAAAAUGGGUAUGAAUAUACUAUUUUAAGAAAAAACCAAUCUAAUAUCCGUUGGAAGUGUAAUAAAAUGACGUGUACGGGGAAAGUAACAACAAACCUUAAUGAACCGUAUGAAUUAUUUACAAAAUGGACUGAUCAUAACCACGAAUCGAGUGAUGAAACAUUGAAGCUGAAAAACCUUGCAUUAACUAAUAUGAAAAGCCGAUCUGUUAAUAGUAGAGAAUCAACAAAUCAAAUUCUUCUAUCUGUAAUUCAUGAAAAUAAUGAAGACGUACGUAAUAAAAUAGGAAAUACUGAUUCAAUACGUAGAACUAUCCGUCGAGCACGUCGUAAAAAUGUUCCUGAAGAACCUAGGAGUAUGCAAUUUGUAUUGCCCGAGAAAUGGAAAACAACUAUGGGUGGUGAGUCAAAAGAAUUUUUAAUUUACGACAGCGAAAGUGAAAAUAGAAUGUUGAUAUUUGCAACUUCUCGAGCCUUAACUAUAUUGUCAUCAGCCUCACUAUGGUUUAUGGAUGGAACUUUUAAAUGUUCGAGUGUUUUCGCUCAAUUAUACGUUAUAAGAGCUGAAUUUGAAGAUAACGUAUUUACAUGUGUUUAUGCAUUCCUCCCAAAUAAAUUACAAACAACAUACGAAGAAAUGCUUACCAAUGUUAUUUUAGCUUCUAUUCGGAACAGGUCUCCAGUUAAACCAGAAACUAUAAUCAUUGAUUUUGAGAUAGGAGUUAUAAAUGCCAUAAGCUUAGUUUUUAAUCAAGUAAAAAUUCAGGGCUGUUUUUUCCAUCUGUGUCAAAGUGUAUGGAGACAAAUACAAAACUUAGGAUUAUCCAAAAUGUAUAAAGAUAACGAACAAAUUGCAAAACAAUGUAAAAUAAUAACAUCUUUAGCGUUUUUACCAGUUGAAGAAAUACCUAAUGAAAUAGUUAAUAUGUAUUUAACUUUUACUCCAGAACUAUUUCCAUUAAUAUUUUAUUUUGAAUCAACAUAUAUUAACGGAAAGAAUGGUGCACCAAGAUUCCCUCUUGAAAUUUGGAAUGUGAGACACCAAACAAUUAAGAACUCACACAGGACGAAUAAUUUUAGUGAAGGAUGGAACAGUUCGUUCAAUAAAUUGGUUGGAUCGGCUAAUCCAAGUUUCUGGAGUGUUUUGAGGUCUUUGCAAUUAGACGAAUGCUCUAGUCAUUUGAACAAAAACAGAAGACAAAAAAACCAAAAUACACAAAAUAAAAUUCAUGAUGCCUGUGUACAGCACGAAAGAAUAAAACGAGAUAAUGUAUUGCUAUUUGUUUCUGAUGCAGCGCCGUACAUGGUGAAAGCGGGAAAAGCAUUAUGGGGUACAUGGUUAGAAGCUGCGACAUAUUACUGUGACAAUUACAAAGCAUUUUGCGAAGUUAUAAAUAUGUUAAAUGAAGAAGAUGCAGUAUCCAUUGAACACGUAAAAAAACUUAUUCAAGAACCAACAUUAGAAAAAAAUACUGCAUAUGGAUUAUUGAAAAAUAUAAAAGAUAUUAUUUCCGGUACACGUGAAUCAAUUCCCAAUAUGGACCAAAAUAUAACAGUGACAGAUAUUCCAUAUUUCAAGUAUGCUCCCGUGUCUUCAGUGGACGUCGAAAGAAGUUUUUCGACGUAUAAAACUGUUUUAGCUGACAAUCGACGAAGAUUUACCUUCGAAAACUUGAAAAAGACGUUGAUUAUCCAAUGCAAUUCACAUUUUAAUGAAAAAGAACAAAAUCGACUAUCAAAACCAUCAAAAAUUUAA